UUCAGUUAAAUAUCGCAUGUUACUACAAAAGAGGUGAAACUGUGGCUGUGGUAUUUCUUCCGGGCUCCGCCGCGCUCUCUUGGGUGGCGCGGUUGGCGGGAGAUACGAACGGCCGCUGGGGGCAACGAUCCUGGCCGGGGGGUUCGCCGUAUUGUGACGCGGCCGCUGCUUGUUACUGUUCACCGGGUCCCGCGGCCGCUGGGGGUUCCCUUCAUUGUGACGCAGCCGCUGCUUGUUACUGUUCACCGGGUCCGGCAGACGCUGGGGGUUCCCUUCAUUGUGACGCGGCCGCUGCUUGUUACUGUUCACCGGGUCCGGCAGACGCUGGGGGUUCCCCUCAUUGUGACGCGGCCGCUGCUUGUUACUGUUCACCGGGUCCGGCAGACGCUGGGGGUUCCCCUCAUUGUGACGCGGCCGCUGCUUGUUACUGUUCACCGGGACCCGCGGCCGCUGGGGGUUCCCCUCAUUGUGACGCGCCCGCUGCUUGUUCCGAGGCCGCCGGCGCUCCGGUUUUUGCUCAGGAUUGCAGCAUCUGCAGGAUCUGGAUUACCCCCUGCUAUGAUGUCAUCUGGUUCUGUAACGUCGCAGGGAAACUCCGGGUAAUCUGCGCGUCAUCGCGAUCACGUCAGUGAGUGGUGACGCCAUCGGGUGGUGACGACCCUUGCAGAGGUACCUGGGUGCAAUCGCAGGAGGCCUUGGAGCAAACGAUUGCAUUACACGAAGACCAGAGGGCAUAGUUUUAAGGAACUAUGCGUCUGAAUACAGAACAAGUUGCUUUAAUCGGACAAGUCUUUGAAUCGUAUGUUGUAGAAUUCCACAAAAAUGAUUUUGCCCAGAUUCUGCAGAAACCAGAUCAAAGUGCACAUUAUCCGAUUACGGUGAAUGCCAUCACACUGUUUGAAAUCAGCAUGGAGAUUGGCGAGUACUUGAGCGCAUUUCCGAACGAAUUAUUUCCGAUAUUUGACAAUGCAUUACACAGAGCUGCCACGACCAUUCUGCAAUCUUUUGCAGAGCCACAUGAAUUGGUCAUGAAACAAAACCUUCACACAAGAAUUUCAGGAUUGCCGCUUUGUCCUGAGUUGACGAGGGAUCGUAUUCCAAAGACUAGGGAUGUGGGCCAUUUUCUUUCAAUUGUUGGCACGGUAAUCCGCACAGGAAUGGUGAAGGUGCUGGAAUUUGAGCAUGAGUACAUGUGUAACAAAUGCAGGCAUGUUUUCACUGUAACCGCAGACUUUGAGCAGCAUUAUACCUUCUGCCGCCCCACAUCCUGCCCUAAUCCAGAAGGUUGUAACGCCAUCAAAUUUUCAUGUCUUUCUGGUGCCUCAUCUUCUCGUUCAAGUUGUAGAGACUAUCAAGAAAUCAAAAUUCAAGAACAGGUUCAGAGGCUAUCUGUGGGAAGUAUACCUCGAUCGUUGUUGGUUGUACUAGAAGAUGAUCUGGUGGACACCUGCAAAUCGGGUGAUGAUGUUACUCUUUAUGGUGUGGUCAUGCAAAGAUGGAAACCUUUUACUCAAGAUACCCGUUGUGAUCUAGAACUUGUCCUGAAAGCCAAUAAUCUCGAAGUGAACAAUGAACAGACAUCUGGAGUUGUUAUUGAUGAGGUUAUCCAAAAAGAAUUUAAAGAAUUCUGGGAGAGUUACAAGGCUGAUCCUCUAGCAGGAAGGAAUGAAAUUCUGGCCAGCCUUUGUCCACAAGUAUUUGGAAUGUAUGUGGUUAAACUAGCAGUCGCCAUGGUGUUAGCGGGUGGAGUGCAAAGAAUUGAUGAAGCUGGGACCAAAGUUAGAGGAGAGCCCCAUCUCUUGCUGGUAGGGGAUCCUGGUACUGGAAAAUCUCAAUUUCUCAAAUAUGCAGCAAAAAUUGUACCUCGGUCAGUCUUGACAGCAGGAAUUGGAUCAACGAGUGCGGGUCUGACUGUGACUGCUGUAAAGGACUCCGGGGAGUGGACUUUGGAGGCAGGAGCUCUUGUUCUGGCAGAUGGAGGUCUUUGUUGCAUUGAUGAGUUUAACAGCAUGAAAGAACAUGAUAAAUGUAGCAUCCAUGAGGCUAUGGAGCAGCAGACUAUAAGUGUGGCAAAGGCAGGACUAGUGUGCAAGCUGAACACUAGGACCACUGUACUGGCAGCUACUAAUCCAAAAGGCCAGUAUGAUCCCAAUGAAUCUAUCACUGUAAAUACAGCUCUUGCUAGCCCAUUGCUGAGCAGAUUUGACCUUGUUUUGGUGCUUCUGGAUACCAAAAAUGAAGAAUGGGACAAAGUAAUUGCUUCAUUUAUUCUGGAAAACAAAGCGUGUCCAACUGUCUCUAACAAUUUGUGGAGCAUGGAGAAGAUGAAAACCUACUUCUGUCUCGUCAAGACUUUUCAACCUAAGAUUUCCGAAGAAGCAAAUAAAAUCCUUGUGAAAUAUUACCAAGUGCAACGUCAAAGUGGGUUCAGAAAUGCAGCAAGAACCACAAUACGUAUGCUUGAGAGCUUGGUACGUUUAGCUGAAGCUCAUGCAAGACUAAUGUUUAGGGAUAAAGUAACUGUUGAAGAUGCCAUCACAGUAAUCUCUGUAAUGGAGUCAUCCAUGCAGGGAGGUGCUCUUCUCGGUGGUGUGAACGCAUUGCACACGUCCUUUCCAGCAAACACAAUUGAGCAAUACAAAAUGCAGUGUGAAUUGCUGUUGGACAGACUGGGCCUAAAUGAUCUUCUCCGUCAAGAACUGCAGAGACUUGACAGCAUUCAGAAUGGAGACGAACAGCAUCCACCAAAUGGAUGUACAAACUCAAGUGAUGCAUUUUCUGAAGCUGCUCCUGAUUCAAGAACUGAUGGACUGAAUCCCAUUGCUCAGGAUGUUGAUCAAACAGAUGGUGAUCUCACCUGGUUUGAUGACUUUCAAAGCAAAACUCAUGAAAAGGGGCCAGAAAGAGAGGGGAAUGUAACAGCUGAAUCCUGCAUACUCAAACUAACAUCAGGGAAUUCUUAUCAGCAUUCUUUUUCUAAAUUAAAUACCAGACCCCAGCCAAUAAAAAGUACAGAGCAAGUGGCAACAACUAGUAAUUCCAGCAAUAUUUCACCACCUCUAGGUGUGUGUGGUGCAAAUAACAUGCAGUCUGCUGGUUUAGCCAUUGAGAAUUCAGAAGCUGAAAGAAGAACUGGCACGGAUCACAUGAAAAGACGGACAAAUGUUGAAAUCCAUGAUUCCUCAAACACAUCGAAUUCUGCUGUCACUGUUCGGGUGUCCAAAAAGCUACAUGCUUCCCGGGUUUCACAGAGUGGAAUGUUGUUCAAAAGUAAAGAAGCUUUUAACGAAAGUAAUUUAUCUGAAUCAAGUGAACCCAGUGCACUUCUGAAUCUGGACGACUCCAGCUCAUCUGAUGGUACUUCAGGCCAAUGUGCUUCACCUGGGCUCCAAGCUGAAGCAAAUAAGAAAAUAAAACCACCAGGAACAAAGCAUACUUUACGGGCUAGUGAUGCCUUUCCUCUCCAGCCUGAAACUAGUGGGGAUUCUAACAUCCUAUUGACCAAACUAAAGACAUUUGUAUUCAAGCCAAAGCAAAAACUAAGCCAUUCAACUGCAGCUAAAUCUACUUCCGAACCCUCUGCCCCGUUCUCUGAUCAUACAGAAUUGAAUAACGAAUUGACACAUGCUUUUGAGCAGCCAUCCCAAGCCAGUAACCAUACAGAAAUUCCCCGAAUAUUACAAAGCUGCGCCUCUAACAGUAAUCUCUUGCAUAAAAAAGCAAGCAAAGGAACAUUGGUUGCUAAUUGCAGCGGUACAGAACCAUCACUUGAUCUGCAGAAGAGUCUCAGUAACAAACACACGGGUAAGAUGCAAAAGGUGGCACUGGAUAAAUCAAAACCUCCAAUUCCUACAGAACUGAUAACAGAGCAAGAGGGCAGUGGAAGUUCAGCUCUGACGGGCCAGGUGAAGGUGUCCUCCAGUACUUUAGCAAAGCUUGCUUGUUUCUCUUUUAGUCCAUCCCCUGACAAGAAAAGUGAAAAGAUUACAGAUCAAAGGGAAGUAUCGGUUGCGAAGCAGAAAAAUAUGGUACAAAAUAAUGCUACUGAGUCUGGGAUGCUGUCCAGAAAAAGGAAGACCUUUGGAUUUGCAUCAACUAGCACCACAGCAGCGACAAUGGGUAGAUAUCUCUUCUCUGCUGAUGAAUUGGAAGAUGAUUGUAUUCUGGAUUUUGACUGGAAUGAAGAAAGAAAAAAACCCAAAACUUAAUUGUGCAGGCGCACCUGCGUAGCUUUUUAAAAAUAAAAGUUUUGUACUUUGUGAUAAACCUAUGCACCGAUUUAAACAGAGCUAACAUGCACAACAUUUUUUAAAUUGCUGGCUUUAAAACAGUCGAUUCGAUGAUAAAGUAUUAGCUGUGAUGUAAGGAGAGACUAAUAAAAGAAAAUGUCACAAUUUGUCCUUGACAAAUGAGAAUACUGGAUGUGUUAUGUUGAAAAAAUGGAAAGGUAAAAUAUGAACUGAGUUUCAUGUGCUAUCCACUGAGAGUAGUUGAGUAUUGGUAGGAAGGAAAAAUGCUGCAAUGAAAAAAUGAAGGAAGAAUGCCUUUCUCUCGUUUUGGAAACUUUCCUUCACUGCAAGUCAUUCAGUCACACUCAGCGAAUUACAGAUCAUUGUGUCUAUAGAUAUAUUAUCGUGAAAGAUUAUAAAUGAAUACAACUUUCUUGAUGUCUAUUAAAAGGACACUUAAUCAACAGGUGAAGCAUUGCAACUAAUUGUUACAUUCUUGCUAUGUAUCUUUAUUUAACAUUGAACAAUACAACACAGAAACAGGCCCUUCAGCCCACAAUAUCUGUGUCAGUCAUGAUAUCAAGUUAAACUAAUCUCUGCCUGCAUGUGAUCCAUAUCUCUAUAAUCCCUGCAUGUCCACCGAUCUAAAGCCUCCUUUUUUGCUGCAAUUAUUUGAAGUAGUAAAUAGUAGGGCAGACAAAGGAGAGUCAGUAGAUGUUGUAUACCUAGAUUUUCAGAAAGCCUUUGAUAAUGUGCCGCAUGUGAGGCUGUUAAGACGAGGGCCCAUGGUAUCAAAGGGCAGAAACUGGCAUGUAUAGCAGGUUGGCUGGAUGGUAGAAGGCAAAGAGUGGCAAUAAAAGGGACUUUUUCUGGUUGGCUGCCAGUGACUAGUGGAGUGCCACAGGUCUCGGUGCUGGGGCCGCUGCUCGUCACGUUGUAUAUUGAUUUGGAUGAGGGGACUGAAGGUUUUGUGGCCAAGUUUGCGGAUGAUAUGAAAAUAGGUGGAGGGGUAGGUAGCAUAGAGAAAGCAGGGUGCAGAAGAACUUGGACAGGUUGGGAGAGUGAGUGGAGAAGUCACAGAUGGAAUAUAGUGUUGCAAAGUGUGGAGUACUGCAUUUUGGUAGUAGGAAUAAAGGUGAAGAUUACUUUCUAAAUGGGGAGAUAAUCCAGAAAUUGGAGGUGCAAAGGGACUUGGGAGUGCUGAUGCAGGGUAACCAUAAAGUUAAUCCGCAAGUCAAAUCAGUAGUAAAGAAAGCUAACGCAAUGCUAGCAUUUAAUUCACGAGAACUUGCAUACAAAAACAGGGAUGUGAUGCUGAGGUUCUACAUGGCGCUGGUCAUAGACACAUAGACAAUAGGGGCAGGAAUAGGCCAUUAGGCCCUUCGAGCCAGCGAAGGGCCAAAUGUGAUCAAUAAUAAUAAUCAUCAUUCAAAUAAUAAUCUGCCUUCUUGUUCUUGCCACCAAAGUGGAUAACCUCACACUUAUCCACAUUAUACUGCAUCGGUCAGGCAUAUGCCCACUCGCCCAACCUGUCCAAGUCACCCUGCAUCCUCUUCACAGUUCACACUGCCACCCAGCUUUGUGUCAUCUGCAAAUUUACUUUUAAUUCCUUCAUCUAAAUCAUUAAUGUAUAUUGUAAAUAGUUGUGGUCCCAGCACAGAGCCGUGCGGUACCCCACUAGUCAGGCCUGCCUUUCUGAAAGGGACCCAUUAAUUCCUAUUUGUUUCCUGGCUGCCGACAAAUUUUCUAUCCAUGUCAAAACCCUACCCCCAAUACCAUGUGCUCUAAUUUUGCCCACUAAUCUGUGUGCGAAUUUAUCAAAGGUUAUCUGAAAGUCCAGGUACACUACAUCCACUGGCUCUCCCUUGAAUAUUUUUCUUGUGACAUCCUCAAAAAAUUCCAGAAGAUUAGUCAAGCAUGACUUCCCCUUCAUAAAUCCAUGCUGACUUAGAUCGAUCCUGUUACUGCUAUCCAAAUGCAUCUUUACAUCUUUAAUAAUCUAAAAUAGACUCCAGCAUCUUCCCCACCAGGCUCUGGUAUAUAAUUCCCUGCUUUCUCUCUCCCUCCUUUCUUAAAAAGUGGGAUAACAUUAGCUACCCUCCAAUCCACUGGAACUGAUCCAAUAUUUAUAGAACAUUGGAAAAUGAUCACCAAUGCGUCCACAAUUUAGAGCUACCUCCUUGAGUACCCUGGGAUGCAGAUCAUCCGGCCCUGGGGAUUUAUCAGCCUUCAGUCCCAUCAGUCUACCCAACACCAUUUUCUGACUAAUGUGAAUUUCCCUCAGUUGUACCUCCGUCAACCUAGGUCCUCUGUCCCCUAGUACACCUGGGAAAUUGUUUGUGUCUUCCUUAGUGAAGACAGAACCAAAGUACCUGUUCAACUCAUCUGCCAUUUCCUUGCUCCCCAUAAUAAAUUCACCUGGUUCUGUCUUCAAGGGACACACAUUUGUCUUAACUUUGUUUCUUCAUCACAUACCUAAAGAAGCUUUUACUAUCCUCUUUUAUAUUCUUGGCUAGCUUAUCUUCGCACUUCAUCUUUUCUCCCCGUAUUGCCUUUUUAGUUACCUUCUGUUGAUCUUUAAAAGUUUCCCAAUCCUCUGGCAUCCCGCUCAUUUUUGCUAUGUUAUAUGUCUUCUCUUAUUUUAACUAGAGUCCUUGACUUCCCUUGUCUGCCACGACUGCCUCUUACACCCCUUAAAAUCUUUCUUCCUCUUUGGAAUGAAAUGAUCCUGCAUCUUCUGGAUUAUUUCCAGAAAUACCUGCCAUUGCUGUUCCACUAUUUCCCAAGGUCCCUUUCCAGUCAACUUUGGUAAGCUCCUCCCUCAUGCCUCCAUAGUCCCCAUUGUUCAACUGCAAUACUGCACUUCUGAUUUUAUCUCUCCCUCUCAAAUUGCAGAUUAAAACUGAUCAUAUUAUGGUCACUGACUCCUAAUGGUUCCUUUACCUUGAAUUUACUUUAAAAAUCUGGUUCAUUACACAACACUACAUCCAGAAUUGCCUUCUGCCUGGUAGUCUCCAGUCCAACUGCUCUAAGAAUCCAUCUCGCAGGCACUCUACAAACUUCCUUAAUUGGGGUUCAGUGCCAACCUGAUUUUCCCAGUCUACCUGUAUGUUGAAAUCUCCCAUAACCACCGUAGUAUUACCUUUGUUACAUGCCAAUUUUAAGUCCUGAUGCAACUUACACCCUAUAUCCAGGUUACUGUUUGGUGGCCUGUAGAUAACUCCCAUUAGGGUCUUUUUACCCUUAACAUUUCUCAGUUUUAUCCACAAUGACUACAUCUGAUUCUAUGUCACCCCUCGCAAGGGACUGAAUUUAAUUCCUUACCAACAGAGCUACCCCACCCCCUCUGCCCACCUGUCUGUCUUUUCGAUAGGACAUAUACCCCUGAAUAUUCAGUUCCCAGCUCUGAUCCUCUGGCAGCCAUGUCUCUGUAAUUCCUACAAUGUCAUACUUACCAAUCUCUAUCUGAGCCUCAAGCUCAUCCACUUUAUUUCUUAUACUUCACGCCUUCAUAUACAACACUUUUAAUUCAGUAUUCACCUCCCCUCUCACACCGGUUCCUAUUUCACCUGACCUUACUCUCUUAUCCCUUCUUGAACUUUGUCCCAUUAAUUUGGGAGUCUUUCGUAACUUUUCCUGCACUCUCUUUCACUUUAAUUCCAUCCUUAUACUUCCAAUUUGUCAACCCCUUCCCCCCGCUAUUUAGUUUAAACCCACCCGUGUAGCACUAGCAAACCUGCAAAUCAGGCCGCAUUUGGAAUAUUGUGAGCAAUUAUGGGCACCAUAUCUGAGGAAGGAUGUGCUGGCUCUGGAGAGGGUCCAGAGGAGGUUUACAAGAAUGAUCCCAGGAAGGACAAGGUAGGUUAACACACGAUGGGCGUUUGAUAGUGCUGGGCCCAUAUUUGCUGGAGUUUAGAAGAAUGAGGGGGGACCUCAUUGAAAAGUACAGAAUAGUGAACGGUUUGGAUAGAGUGGAUGUGGAGAGGAUGUUUCCACUAGUGGGAGGUCAUAGCCUCGGAAUUAAAGGAUGUUCUUUUAGAAAGAAGAUGGAGGAAUUUCUUUAGUUAGAGGGAGGUGAAUCUGUGGAAUUCUUUGCCACAGAAGGCUAUGGAGGCAAAGUCUGGUUCUAUUUAAGACAAAGAUAGAUAGAUUCUUGAUUAGUAUGGGUGUCAGAGGUUAUUGGGAAAAGGCAGGAGAAUGGGGUUAGGAGGGCAUGAUUGAAUGGCGGAGUAGACUUGAUGGGCCAUGAUGGAAUGGCGGAGUAGACUUGAUGGGCCGAAUGGCCUAAUUCUAUCAAUUAUGAUCUUAUGAUCUCCUUAAACAACAUUUGUUCUUUAACUUGAGAACCAUCUUUAAGCCACACCCUGUCGGAGAUUAUUGCCUUGAUCCUCACCUCCCCUCCCCCACCUUCUGCAAUUUUCUGCAAUCUCCCCUUCCCAGUUCUUUUGAAGGAUCUCAGACCUGAAACAUUCAUACCGUUACUCUUUCCAAAAAUGCUGCCUGACCAGCUGAGUGCAUUUUCAGUUUUCACUUAACAUUUCUAGCAUCCGCAGUUUUAAAAUAUAUUAAAUUACUCCAAAUCACCAGGCUGCUCCAAUGGUAAUAUUGAGAUAAUUAGUAAUCCAAAGUGAGUCAUGUGAGUCACACAUCAUUAGUUUUAUUUGGUGAGUUGCUUUCACUUAUUAACCCAUGUAUUUAUUCUCAGGCUGCAGUGAGGCAAACUCCUAGGAAUAGAAGGUAAGGCAGCAAGACCUUGAAAACACAAAUUAAUCAGUGCUAAUGGAAUCAGCCACAGAUCACAGGGACUAACAAGAAAGACUGAUUUGAUUUCUGGAUGGAAUUCUGGAUGCAUGAGUGGUUCAAGUUAUGGAGGCAAAAGGUGUCAGUUGACAUUUCUGGUUGAGACCCUGCAUCAGGACUGGGAGGAAAUGGGAAAGAUUGAUUUGAAAGGGGAGUGAGAUUGAGGUUGGAACUAGAUAGGGAGCAGAUGAUGGGCAGGUGGAACCAGGUGGAGGAGUGGGAUGGAACAGAUGUUGGAAGGUGAUGAGUGGCGAUGGAUGGGGAAGGGAUGACGGGAAAUUAGAAACUGUUGUUGGGAGGGACCGGUGAGUGUGAGAGGAGAGCUCUGGAGGUGUGGGUUACUUGAAAUUAGAAAAUUCAAUAUUCAUACUAUUGUGUUGUGAGCUGCCCGUGGAAUUUUCCAUGUGAUUCCAAAUUGUGUUUGGCAUCUCUGUAGUCAGGUAGAAGGCCAAGGACUGACUGAUCAGUGUGGAAAUGGGAAGGAUGAUUUAAAAUUACAUAGACUGGAAGUGAGUUGGCCAUUGAGCAUCAUACAGGUGUACCACAAAGCACUCGGCUUGUCUGCACUUGUUUUCACCAAUGCAGAGAAGGCCACAUCAUAAGCACCAGAUGUAGCUGGACCACUGUCUCAUCUCAAAGGGCUACAUAGAUCACUGGGUGGUGGUGAGGAG